UUCGAAGAACCCAAAGCCGCAGAAGCAGCGGAGAUCUCCCGCCAGAUCAAAGUGGAAAAUUAUGAUAGCUACCGGGGGAGUCAUAACAGGACUGGCUGCCUUAAAAAGGCAAGAUUCUGCUAGAUCUCAGCAUCAUCUCAAUCUCGCAACAUCACCAGCUCCUGAAGAACAGAAACCAAUUAAGCGUCGACCAAGGACAGAUGUGGUUGUAGUUCGAGGCAAAAUCCGGCUGUAUUCCCCAUCAGGAUUCUUCCUCAUCCUGGGAGUGCUGAUUUCUUUCCUGGGAAUUGCUAUGGCCAUUCUUGGUUAUUGGCCUCAAAAAGACCCAUUUCUAGAGCCCGAAGACAGCUUGUCACUAAACGAGACUCAAGUAAUAGAAAAAGGAGAUGGGUUUAUAAUGCGCUUCCUUGAGCAGCAUUUACAUUCUGAUAAAAUGAAAAUGCUGGGGCCUUUCACAAUGGGGAUUGGAAUAUUUAUUUUUAUUUGUGCAAAUGCCAUGCUCCAUGAAAACCGGGACAAGGAGACAAAAAUCAUACACAUGAGGGACAUCUAUUCCACUGUAAUUGACAUACAUACUCUGAGAAUCAGCGAGCAAAAACAGCUGAACGGUGCCUACACUGGCUUAGCAGGAGAGAAUGAAAUCAAGCAUAGUGGAAGCUCUUGUGCAUCACGGCUGGCUGCAAAUACAAUUGCUCCUUUCUCAGGCUUUGCAAGCAACUUUCAAAUGGUUAGCAAUGAUGAAGAGGAUGAAGUUGCUGGAAAUGAGGCCAAGAAAUCAACCACAAAUCUUAUGUCGCCUUUGCUGAUGGAACGUUCUGGUUCAGUCUUUGGCCUUUACCCUCACUCUGGGAAAGCAAAGGAUGAAAGAAGCAGUGGCUCUCUAAAGUGUGAAACAAAGUCAAUUGUAUCAUCUUCCAUUAAUGCUUUCACAUUACCUGUAAUUAAACUAAAUAACUGUGUUAUUGAUGAGCCAAGUAUUGACAACAUCACUGAGGAUUCAUCAAGGAGUAGAGACAGACCUAAAAAUUUGUCCAUGGACUCUUUAGCUCUCCCAUUAAUGAAUACCAGUGAUAGCUACAAACCUGCCAAUGCUUUGAUACCACGCAACAAUUUAUAUGGAGACUCUUCAUUCAAUCAAUUCAAAUCUUCAAUGACCCUUGGAGCCAGCACUGGUCAGCUCUUAUCACCUGGUGCAGCCAGAAAACAGUUUGGGUCCAACACUUCCUUGCAUCUCUUGUCUGCACAUUCAAAAUCCCUAGAUUUGGAUAGGGGUCCUUCUACUCUCACUGUCCAAGUUGAACAAAGAAAACAUCCAAGCUGGCCACGACUGGACCGGAGUAACAGUAAAGGUUAUAUGAAACUAGAAAACAAGGAAGACCCUAUGGACAGGCUUCUCGUACCAUCCGCUACAGCAAAGAAGGACUUUACUAAUAAGGAAAAGCUUUUGAUGAUUUCCAGAUCUCACAAUAAUUUGAGUUUUGAGCAUGAUGAAUUUUUGAGUAACAAUUUAAAGCGUGGAACUUCAGAAACAAGAUUUUGAUGGUUCGAUGACCACAGUUAAUAUAUUUGCCAGUAUUUAUUUUAUAAAAUAAACAUUUUGACCCAUCCUUUCAUUUAUUUUCAGUGCUACCUUGUUUUAAUUGAUUAUUUCUCUCUGAUUAAAAUUGCCUUGUGUUUGCAAAUAUUAUUUUUUCAUCACUGUAAUGCCAAAAGUUUAAUGUUAAGCAGCUUGUUCAUGAAAACAUGGCCCUGGCAUAAGUUAUUUGGAUAGUGAUUGCAUUAGAUUGCAAUUGUAUGGUAGAUCAAGAAUUGAUAAUGUCUUAAUUUACAGCUACUAUACCAUACGUUAUCAUCGUUCAGCAGAUUUGAGUGACCCAAAUCCAAAUUGCUUCCUAGUUAUUUCUCCUUUGUUUCUACAUAAGGGUUUUUUGUUUUGCUUUGUUUUUCAUAGUUAAAGGUAUAGUUGUAGCUGACUGAAUAAGUUUCAGUGUUCAAAACCAUCAGUGACUGCAAGUUUAAGAAUGAUGUUUUUGGCUCAAGAUGGAAGCAAAUGUAAAGUCUGCAGUACCAGGGCCAUAUCAUUUGUAUCAUUUGUAGAGAUACCUGAGGAUAUACAAACUAGAUAUUUUGUCAUUCAUAUUUUGUUAUUCAUUACCCAGGGUUGGGUGGAAGGAGAUUGAAACAUUUUUUUUUCAUCAUUCUCUUCCCAAAAUUAUUUCUGAUGCAAUCUAGCACAAAGACCCUUGUACCUUCAUUUGCCAGUUUAUCAAGGAGCAAUAUCUGCUGUUCUGAUAGAAAUGACCCACCAAUUAGAGGAGUGUUCACAAACUUUUUUUUUUAUCACUCCUAUUUCUUGCUACAACUUCUCUCUCCACACCACCCCAAUCUUCUACCAUCAGUCUAUUUACUGAAGACAGGGAGGCUUUAACCCAGGGUUCAGCAACCUAGAGCAAGUUGGUUGGGGAUGAUAGGAGUUCAUCAUCAGGAAGGCUAUAUAUUGCUUUAACUCCACAGAAGAGAAUUUGCCUGUAGGUUUCAUCUAAUUUUACAUGCUAAAAGUGUUAACAGUACUUGCCCUUUCGUAAUAGAAAAACAAAGGUUAAAUAACACAGCGCACACACAAAAAAAUCCUUGCAAUUAUUCACUUGAAAAUUGGGUAGGCUUCAUGUCUUGAGAAGUGUCUACUCUGUCUAGAAAUUUCACCCAAUUUCAUUAAGAAACAAAGUUCUGGCUGUUCAUGAUUUCCAUUGGAAGAUUAUGGGUGUCAUCACUGUUCAGAUUUUUAAAAAUCUUUUUUCAGAUUUUCCCAAGUUGAAUACAGUUGCCUCAGUCCAAAAUAGCUAAAUAAGAACCUGAACUGAAUCCUGUAGCUGGUUCACUCUAUUAUUUCUAUAAUAUAGACACUCUACACAACUCUUCCUGGAAACAAGAAGAAGACAGUGAAUGCAAACAGAAUGUUUAAAUAACAGCAUUGGUAUUCUGCUGCCCAGUGUAAUUCUUUUAAUAUAAAUUGAAAAAUAAAUUCAUCAUGCCUGCCAUCUUUCAGUAUGAAGCUCCUGUGGACCAUAUUCCUUUACUGUAACACAACUCAGAUUGUGACGAAGGCAGCAAUACUGAUUGACACUGAAAAUUAUUGUUAAAUUAGUAAGGUAAAUCAGUUUAUUAGAAAUAAUCCAUAUGCCUCUCUAAGGAGCCUUUCUCAAUUUGGUGCUAUGCAGAUGUCAACUCUUUUCCCAGCCAGCAUAUCAAAGUCCAUGCUGUCUGUGAAUUAGAAGCCCAAGAUAUCUGAGUGGCAUCAAGCUGAGGAAGGCCACCCUGGAGCCUAUUCUUGCUUAAUAGGCAGUAGUCGACCCCUGUUUGUGGUUUUUCCUACAAGAUCACAGUAUUAAUUGGUCAGAAGAUGUUGGACUUAACCUAAAUAACUCAGGAAUUGAUUUAAUAGCUUCUCCCAAAAUAAAGAGUUAUAUGUCAAAAUGUACUUUAGUUGACUACGAAAGAGAUUUUUUUCUAUGAUUGUUCAGCUCUGUAUUCCAAUAAUAAACUCUUUUUGUGACAAAGGCAUUACUUGCCCAGUGAAUUGAGGCAUAGUGUUAACUUAUUAGAAUUUUAAGCCUAAAUAUUGUAACAGAGUUGGCUCAAUAUUUUGCUAUGAAGCUUUUAAUAACUUUCUGGUCAGUGUUCUUAAUACAUUUACUAUUUUUUUAAA